AUGGCGAUCCAAACCCGUUUUGCCUCGGGCACAUCUUUAUCCGAUCUGAAACCCAAACCAAGUGCAACUUCCAUUUCCAUACCCAUGCAAAACGUCAUGAACAAGCCUGUCACUGAACAGGACUCACUUUUUCACAUAUGUGCCAACAUCCGGAGAAGGCUGGAGGUGUUGCCUCAGCUCAAACCCUUUUUGCAAUUGGCCUACCAGUCGAGCGAGGUCUUAAGUGAAAGACAAUCUCUGCUGCUUUCCCAAAAGCAGCAUCAGGAGCUGCUCAAGUCGAAUGGCGCUAACCGAGACAGUAACGACAUGGCACCCACUUUACGAUCGAGUUCUAUAUCCACAGCCACCAGUCUCAUGUCAAUGGAAGGUAUAUCAUAUACGAGCUCGAAUCCCUCGGUCAGCCCAAAUAUGGAGGACACUUUACUGACUUUUAGUAUGGGUAUUUUGCCCAUUACCAUGGAUUGCGACCCUGUGACACAAUUAUCACAGUUGUUUCAACAAGGGGCACCGCUGUGUAUACUCUUUAACUCUGUCAAACCGCAGUUCAAACUGCCAGUAAUAGCUUCUGACGAUUUGAAAGUCUGUAAAAAAUCCAUCUACGAUUUCAUAUUGGGGUGCAAGAAGCAUUUUGCAUUUAAUGAUGAGGAACUUUUUACGAUAUCCGAUGUCUUUGCCAACUCUACUUCACAACUAGUGAAAGUGCUAGAAGUGGUGGAAACGCUUAUGAACUCCUGCCCUACUAUUUUCCCCUCUAGGAGCAAAACACAACAAAUUAUGAAUGCGGAAAACCAACAUCAACAUCAGCCUCAGCAGUUAUCAAAGAAGCAUAACGAUUACGUUAAAAUUAUCAAGGAAUUUGUUGCAACGGAAAGAAAAUAUGUUCAUGACUUAGAAAUUUUGGAUAAAUAUAGACAGCAGUUAUUGGACAGCAAUCUAAUAACGUCUGAAGAGUUGUAUAUGUUGUUUCCCAACUUGGGCGAUGCUAUAGAUUUCCAAAGAAGAUUCCUAAUAUCCUUGGAGAUAAAUGCUCUAGUGGAACCUUCCAAACAAAGAAUCGGAGCCCUUUUCAUGCAUUCCAAGCAUUUUUUCAAGCUAUAUGAACCUUGGUCCAUUGGCCAAAAUGCAGCCAUCGAAUUCCUCUCUUCAACUUUACACAAGAUGAGAGUUGAUGAAUCACAGAAGUUCAUAAUUAACAAUAAACUGGAAUUACAGUCCUUCCUUUAUAAACCCGUGCAAAGACUUUGUAGGUAUCCCCUGUUGGUCAAAGAACUGCUGGCUGAAUCGAGUGACGAUAACAAUACGAAAGAACUUGAAGCUGCUUUGGAUAUCUCCAAGAAUAUUGCAAGAAGUAUCAAUGAAAAUCAAAGAAGAACAGAAAAUCAUCAAGUGGUGAAAAAACUUUAUGGUAGGGUGGUGAAUUGGAAGGGUUAUAGAAUCUCUAAGUUCGGUGAGUUAUUAUAUUUCGAUAAAGUGUUCAUUUCAACAACGAACAGCUCCUCGGAACCUGAAAGAGAAUUUGAGGUUUACCUUUUUGAAAAAAUCAUCAUUCUUUUUUCAGAAGUGGUAACUAAGAAAUCCACUUCAUCGCUAAUUCUUAAGAAGAAAUCUUCAACCUCAGCAUCAAUGUCCGCCUCGAAUAUAACGGACAACAAUGGCAGCCCUCACCACAAUUACCAUAAGAGGCAUAGCAAUAGUAGUACCAGUAAUAAUAUCCAUUUAUCUUCGUCAUCAGCAGCGGCGAUAAUACAUUCCAGUAGCAAUAGCAGUGACACCAAUUCGAACAACUCGUCAUCAUCCUCACUAUUCAAGCUAUCCGCUAACGAACCUAAACUGGAUUUAAGAGGUAGAAUUAUGAUAAUGAAUUUGAACCAAAUAAUACCGCAAAAUAACAGGUCAUUAAAUAUAACAUGGGAAUCCAUAAAAGAGCAAGGUAAUUUUCUUCUGAAGUUUAAAAAUGAGGAAACAAGAGAUAAUUGGUCAUCGUGUUUACAACAAUUGAUCCAUGAUUUGAAGAAUGAACAGUUUAAAGCAAGGCAUCACUCGACAACAUCGACGACCUCAUCUACAGCUAAAUCAUCUUCAUUAAUGUCACCUACGUCAACUAUGAAUACGCCAAAUCAUCACAACAGCCGCCAGACACACGAUAGUAUGGCUUCUUUCUCCAGUUCUCAUAUGAAAAGGGUUUCGGAUGUCUUACCUAAACGGAGAACCACUUCAUCGAGUUUCGAAAGUGAGAUUAAAUCCAUCUCAGAAAACUUCAAAAAUUCUAUUCCAGAAUCUUCCAUACUCUUCAGGAUAUCGUAUAAUAACAACAGUACUAGUACUACUAGUAGCGAGAUUUUCACACUUCUAGUAGAAAAAGUUUGGAAUUUUGACGAUUUGAUAGUGGCAAUCAAUUCCAAGAUUUCGAAUACACAUAAUAACACUGUUCCGCCAAUCACCAAGAUCAAAUAUCAAGAUGAAGAUGGGGAUUUUGUUGUGUUAGGCAGCGAUGAAGAUUGGAAUGUUGCUAAAGAAAUGUUGGCAGAAAACAAUGAGAAAUUCUUGAAUAUUCGUUUGUAUUGA